UGGCUGCUGGCUCCGUGGGCGGGGCCCCGCCGUUAUAAGUGCGGGUCCGGGGUCCGGGCUGUCGGUGCGGAGCUCGGUGCUCGGUGUCCCGCGGGUGCCUUCGGCCCGGCCAUGUCUGACCCAGCUCAGCAGCCUGCUCCCGGCGCUCCCGAAGGAGGGGCUCCCGAAGGAGGCGCUCCCGAAGGGGCAGCCCCCGGUGGGGGUCCCCCCGGGGCUCCCCCGAACCUGACGAGCAAUCGGCGGCUGCAGCAGACGCAGGCCCAGGUGCAGGAGGUGGUUGAUAUAAUGUGUGUGAACGUGGACAAGGUGCUGCAGCGAGACGAGAAGCUGUCGGAGCUGGAUGACCGGGCGGACGCGCUGCAGGCCGGCGCCUCGGUGUUCGAGAGCAGCGCGGCCAAACUCAAAAGGAAGUACUGGUGGAAGAACUGCAAGAUGAUGAUCAUGAUGGGAGUGAUUGGUGCCCUUGUGGUGGUGGUGAUUGCAACAUGCACAUACCUGAAGUUCUGUCCCUCAAAGCAGUGGCUGGUUUUCCAUUGUAAAUGAAGGUAGUUCCAGUUGUGCUGGACUGACUCUGGUAAGUCUGUAACAAGAUGUGGGAACCAGCAGCUCUGGGGGAAGAGGCUGCCCAGCCAAGCCUGCCUUCAGCCACCAAAUGUCCAGCCACUGUCCUGCUCAGGGGACUGCCUUCUGUACACUACUGUGUUAGUGGCAGCUCUGGCUCUCAGGCUGUGCUGCCUUUAGGUUUCAGUAACCUCAGAUCCUUAAACCCAGAAAAUAAUUCUCCAUUGGUGUUGGAAUACAAGUUCAGGACCCAAAAGAAGCUCUCCAAGAGUAGGGUGCUGUUCACAAUAUAUCUUGGAGCAUGACUGGAAUAAAGGUAAGUGCCUCUUUGUUUUGCUUCACUGUACAUUUGAAACUCAUUAAAAGGAAAUGACAGAGCUUUGUCCAGUGCAGACUUCUUUUAAAAUUAGGUACUUGUGCCCUUAUCUGCCCUUAUUGCUACAAAAGCUAGGUUGUAAAACAGUCUUCCAUGUGGCUUCUGGUUCCCUUAUGAUCAAUCUUGGGAUAAUCCAGUCUUAAACAUCACCAAAAUCACAGUGAACACACUGGAACAACUCUCAGUGGCGAAUUUGGAGGAAGGCAGCUAGACUAAUUCUUCAAAGAUGGAAGCCCUCCUGGGAAAGGAGGGUGUCUGGACUGGCUGGUGGAUUAAAGCAGCAGGUACAGUCUAAAAUUCCACACAGUUCAGGCCUGCACAACCUGAACAAACGAGUUGUGCUACAAUUCCUGCCAAGUUUUGUGUUGCGUUCCUGUCAGUUCUCAGCCUCACUCAUGUAGGGGGAUAGGGAAGAUGUUUUCAGAGGACAGAUGCACUUUUGGACUGUUGAUGAUGCAGUGUCCAAGUCCCUAGCCAAAGCUGGGGACUGAAUGCUCAUUUUCCAAAGCUGGCAGCUGCUCUGGAGCACAGAGCUGGGGCUGAGCAUACUGUUGAAAGUUGCCCCAGGGUUGAGCCCAGUUCAUGAGUCAUGUUGUGGCUGUUUGCAAAGACUUGCAUAUCUAGCCAUAAAUCCUCUGUUAGGCAUUGAAAAUAUGUUCUACUGGAAGCUCUUCUGAGGUGCCCUCCUUACCUGCAUCAGAAUUUCUGCUGCUCCUGCACCCUCUUACCCAGACAAAACAAGAUUUUAAAUGUGCUCCAAAAGCAAGGCCAAGGCUUUGGGAGAAUAGUUCUUUGUAUGUCUAAUUAAAAAGUCAAGCUGUGCCUUUAAACACGGAACAUGUUCAACAUGCCUUUGAGCUGGAACAGGUUGCCCAGAGAAGCUGUGGAUGCCCCAUCUCUGGAGGUGUCCAGAGCUGGGUUGGUUGGGGCUUUGAGCAACCUGCUCUAGUGGAAGGUGUCCCUGUCUGUGGCAAGGAGUUGGAGCUGAGAUGAUAUUUAAGGUCACUUCCAACCCAAACCAUUCCAUAUAAAAUGCAGCUUCCAUAUCAACUGCUUCAUCCUGACGUCUUCAGAUGUGGUGGAAGAAAAGCCUCAGCUGUACUGCUCCUGAGUGGAUGUACCUAAACCUUCAUAUUUGUAGAUGCCUGAGGCAUUGUUCUGGCCUUUCCUGAGGUGUCUCUGUGCUGGUGCAGGCUCUCAUCAGUGGUGGGACUUGCUGUCUCAGCUGGAGAGCAACCAAAUGAUGGUGGGGAAGACAGAUUUUCUUCAGACCUGGACUGCAGCAUCAACACUUUUUUAAUGAACCUGGCUUCCUUGGGAAGUGACAGAGGUCCCUGCUCUGAUGUAUCCACUGGGGCUUGAAGCCUUAAGAGAGGUAAUAAGGGGGAGGUUUUGUCUUUGUUCUGACCUCAAAACAAGUGAUUGCCCUGAGAGAUGUAACAGAUAAGGAUAUAGGUUUUACAAAUAGGCAGCUCAGCCAUGUCUGUUGGGUACCUGAGCGUCCACACUCCUGAUACUAUUUGACCUAUUUUUGGCCUGAGAUAGAGUGCAACACUUACUCAAGCACCCUUACUUGCUCCCCAGCUUUCAACCAUGAGCAGCUUCAUAAGGUCCUUCUGUGCACAGACCCACUGAAUAAUUUCUGCAGAGGACUAGAUGACACUUUAUGCUCUUCCAUCAGAGGCUUCUUUUCCAAAAGCCUUUGUACUAUUUUUUAAAACUAAAUUUGCCAUAAACAUAUUGAGAAUUUAAUAAAGAUUAUAAGCUCUUUUUAGUUCAUUGCUUUUAAGCAUGACUUGGAAGCUGAAGGCACUUUCCCCUCUUGUGCUUACAAGCCCCCUUUAAAUAUUGCAUGUUGUUAAAUACAAAGAACUGUGACUGAAUGUGGCUGUGCCUCCGGUGUGUUCCUGAUCUCUGUGGUUCCCCUGUGUCCUUUCACCAGCCGCACUACUGCCCUUUCCAUUUCUUGAUGUAGUAUCUAACCCCACAGAUUUUAUUGAACCUGUCCCAAGAGCUUGGUAACCCUUUCUUCAAAUUCCUUCUUGGUUUGACCUCAGUCUGUGCAGACAGUCCUUGACCCAUCUGUCCAGCUUCUCUUAAGCCCUCCAGCAAGCAGGGUUCAGUUCUUCUAAAUAUAUUGUUUGUUUUCCAAAGGGAUGGUUUGCUCUUUUUUUUUCCUAGCUUUCCUAGACCCUUAUGUUGUACUUCCAUGCCUUUCCUCUAUUACCUUAAUUCUUAUGGAAAAACAAUAGUUUUGUCAUCUGUUCCCAGUCCAAAAAGACACAACUUUCAGCUGUUCCUUGCAUGUUUUCCAUGUCCUCAAAAUGACUCUGCUAUGCCUCUAGCACACCUAUGACUACUGAGCAUUUACAUCCCCUCAACCUUCUCCUCUUGUACAUAUUCACCCCUGCAUACUUUCUUCCCUUUUCUUCAGUUUUUCACAUUCCCAGUGAAACACUCCUGUUUUUUGGGCUCUCAUUCCAGCUCUGCUGGCCUUGCCUCUUGUUUUCAGCCAGACCAAGCUCUCUAUACAUCUGCUGAGCUCACUUGUGGUCUUGCCAGCCUACAAGAAAUGUAGGGAUUAUUUCUGGAACCUGAUUUCUCCCAAGGUGGCAGUUUUUGCACUGAUUCACAGGAUGGGGAGGGCUCAUCUAUUUGCCAACUUGUGUAACUGCUUCUUGAUGUUUGUACAGGCUUUUAACUCUGGAUUUACAGCUGUUCUGAAUGGUGCCAUUGCUUUGAGUUCAUUAGUCAAAGCCCAUUUUUUUUGCAUUUUAACACUUUUAUGGAACAGAUAGGGCAUGGUUCAAGCUUCCCCCAGGGCAUACAUCACCGCCUUCUGCAGCUGUAUUUCUUUACUGAUGAAGAGAACUUACUGUUUCAAGUAGUUAUGCCUCUGAUUAAUCUUGCUUUAAUCACCCACUUGACUAUGCAUGAUGCAGCAGGUCUCAUCAAUUUGAUGGUUACUGCAAGGUUAUUUAUGGUUCUGUGCUGUGAAGCAUUGUCUUAUUCUUUGGAUACUGAGGAAAUAUCAUGCUUACCAUAUGAAUUACUGUAUGUUUAUGGUAUACAAAGACUGUUUUAAGGUGUUGCACCUGCUCUUUAUCCUUUCUUAAUUUGAAGGUGGCUUUGUGAAGCAAACAGCUUUGUGUCCAGUGUCAGGUUUUUGCUCAUUCAUGUGCUAGAAAACACCCAAGGCAUCAGUCUGCACUACUGAAUUUGUGACCAAGAACUGGGUGCAGCAUCCUCGCUCCUCUAUCUGCCUGUCUUUUGUAUUUUAAUUGUGGCCAAAGUUACUUUCAGCAACUAAACCUAGCUUUUACCUCUGCCUCUUGGGCUGUGUUUACAGAACAUGAAACUGCCUUCACAGAGGUACUUUGAAAUUUUGAGAUUUCAUUCAUUGCUCACUCUUUUUUACUUCAUUUAGAAAAUGGAUUUUUUUCAUGUUUGCAGAAGCUCUGGGGUUUUUUUCUAAUGGAGGCCUCCAAGGAGGAAUUCAUGUUUCCACACCUCUAAGUGCUUGUUGCAGCCCCUCCCUCCUGCUGGGCUGCCACCCUUGCUGAAGGACACCUCCCGAAUUACCAGCUUCUAUUCCUAGCUGAGAGACAUUAUCUCCACUUUCAAACAAGAGUUAUCAGCUGAACACUGGGAUAAAAUUUGUAAAACCAGGAAUAUUUGUGCAAUAAAGAACAUAGCAUUUG